CUGACUGGUGAUGUGUCAUAGCCACAAAACAUUAAAAAGUCCCAACAAGACAUUUUAGCCGGCUUUUCUUAUUUUAUCCAACAGUAUAUAAUGUUAUUGUGUUCAUGGAUAUGAAGAACAAUCUCGACGCUAUGGGUUUAAAACCGCGCCGUGUUGUUUUAUUCGUUGUCGCAUUGGUUGUGCUGUUUGUUUGGUUUUUGAGUUCUCCGCGCGGAUAUUCGAGAUCCAAACCUGACUUUGGCGGGACAGACGCUGUACAUCGCUUCUCUGAAUCCAGCGAACAGCGAAUUGCAAAACAGACUACAAGCGAGAGGGCCAUUCACAUGAAAGCGUUCGAUAACAAAUUAGGUUUUUCCCAGGUAUGGUUUUCAAAUCAAUGUCUGAAAAUGCCUACCAAAUCCUUAAGAAUCGACAACAUAGCCUUGAUAGCAGAAAAGUGGGGCAAAGCUGAGGAAAGUAAUUGCAGAGAUUUAUAUGAUAUUUUUAAAACCAUUUAUUCAUUAAAAACAAGAACAAGUGAAGUGAAGAUAGGCAAUGAAUUUUCUAAAAAGGUUUUGAAAUGGUUUAAUAAUAACAAAGACCUUUUGGAGGAGACAAUGCAUCAGCAAGUGACGUCAGUCCAGAAUCUCUAUACACAAGAGAGCACAGUAUUUAAUCCAUUGCGAGCCAAGAGACCGGGUGCUGGUGGGGGUGGGGGUCCUGAGGUCAAGAUUGCAGUUGACAAAAUGGUGAAUGAGUCCAGUGCAGAUUGUGAUUUCUGCAAUUACAAAAAAAUGACAGCUCAGGACCCAUUUGGUAGAGUUGAGUCCAAGUAUGCUGUCUCAGUGGCUAACACAUUCAAGAUUGAGCGAUUUCAUGGAUUGAUUCUUCUUCGACAUCAUGAUCCGCUGAAGUUCACAGAGGAAGAGUUUCUUGAUCUGAUGGAUGUUGCGCAAAAAUGGUUCGCUAAAGCGCACAUUGUGGAUAUUUCAUACGCCAACCCGCAUAUCUACUGGGAUGUGCUCCCUAAAGCAAGUGCCAGUCAGGUGCAUCCUCACCUCCAUGUGAACCUCGCGUCUGGACAGUACUAUGCAAAAUGGGCGAGACUCCAUGCUGCCUCUCUCCAAUACUCUAAGGAUCGAGAAGGAGAAAACUAUUUUACUGACUUGGUCAAGGUGCAUAGCGCGUUGGGUCUAACCGCCAGUCUUGGAAAGGCAACCGUGAUGGCAUAUCUUACACCACAGGCUUCCCACGAGUUGGUGUUUAUAAGUAGCUCUGUAUGUGAAGACAUCUUCAGACUGCUGUUUUUCGCAAUGAGAGCCUAUAUAGACGACAUGGGAUUGUACGCGUACAGCGCCGGCAUGGUCUUCCCAAAACUGGUUGCACCACAGAGCGGGGACUUACCGAUGAUUAUGCGGCUUGUAUUCAGAGGAGCGGUCACCUCAACGCGUGCUGAUAUAAGUUCCAUUGAGCUGUUUGGAACGCCGAACGUGAACGUAGAUCCAUACAAACUGAUCAAUUCCAUACGAAAAACUAUGUUCCAUCACGGAGCAAAACCCGACACACUUGGCGACGCGUCAUGACGUCACGGCACUCACAAUCUUCUCUACAAUUUGAGCGUAAGGAAUGGCAUGAAAGGUACAUUUGUACAUGCUGAUGGUGUCCCCGGUCAGCAGUGACUUGGCCAUUUCUGGGCGGGAACACAUCGCAUAUCAUACAUGGAGCACCGCCGUAACACCUGCUAAUAUGCCUAUGACCGAUGCCUAUCUGGGGACAUAACUUUAUGUAUGCUUUUUUUACUGUCCCUGACUCAUAUUGGUGAAUGGGGUUCAUAUAUGGAUAUCUAUACUGUCUUCACCCGUACGUUGUCUUGUAUGCUAUUAAGAUGCUCAAGUAAUAUAGUAGUGGAGGUUUAGUGAAUAUAAUUUUUUAUUAGGCCUUCUUAUUAGGGAUUUACACAUUAAAUUUUAUUUAUAUUCUAAAGACGCUUUAGAAGGGGGGGGGGACUUUCAGUCAGUAGGAUUGAUGGUUAAUGGGGUUGUGAAAAAAAUCCACUUUGCAUCGCAAUGCUUCUCAGACAAAGAACAGUGUCUGCAGCGUGGCAGUGAUAAAACUUUAAAUUAAUCUGGCUAUUCUUUCAAAUUGAUUCUUCGACAGAUUCGACAAUGAGACUUAAUGAAUACGCCAAAGCGUAACAAUGAGCACCACUUUGGUGUCGGAUAUUUUGGUUUUUGAGUCUCAAUUAACCCGCAAUGUACAUUGUUUAUAUUAACCUUGCCGCUGGCAUUUAUCUCUCAUUUGUUUUAAUGGUGGGAAGUAUCCCGAUAAUGAUUUUUUUUUAGUUCCCGCCAUUAUGGAAACUAGGCUCGCAAAGAAACGUGGGAUAGGUCUUCUUGACGCACUAUCAGGAUUCUUAUUUUGGUUGCUUUUUUUUUGCUAUUUCACGUGUUCCGUUCAUCACUAAUACCCUUUACUUAAGUCUUCUCUUUUAAGAGCUAUUAUUGUUAUAUUGAUAUUUUGAAAAUAAUUUUGAAUCAAUAAAUAUCAUUCAUAAUCUUAUGGUGGAUUUGGUGCCUUUGAGGUACCGGUAUCUCUUAUUCAAGCAAAUAUCAAUCACAUGGCAUCACUAUUGGAUAGGUUAAAUAAACAUUAAGCAUAAAUAUACCGCCUUUUCCGUAAA